AUGGCCUCGAUUGCCAAAAGGAUGAAAAAAUCGGAUGACGGAUUAGAGGACGAAUCGGAAGCGUUGGAAGCAUUAGACAGCUGUCAAAAUGAAAUCAAUGCGCUAAAUGAAAAGUCAAUCGAGGAAGGUUCCAAAGUCGCGCAAAAGUAUUAUACGUUGUUAAAGCCGUUCUUUCAAAAGCGGAAUGAAAUCAGCAAACGCAUUCCCAGUUUCUGGGCUACGGCCAUAGUAAACCAUCCGCAAAUAUCCGGCAUCCUCGAGGAGGGGGACGAGGGAUGCCUACAGUUCCUGGAGAAACUGGAGGCUGAAGACAUUAAGAAUGGUUAUCGUAUUCAUUUUUACUUCGACGCGAAUCCUUAUUUCGAGAACAAGAUCUUGACGAAGGAACUCAAACUGGAAACCCUAAUCUCGACCAGUACAGCAAUCAAGUGGAAACCGGACCGUGGUCUGACUAAGAUGUUGCCGAAAAAGGCUUUGGCAAAUCGACGAAAACGCAGUCUGGAAUACCGAACCUUCUUAGAUUGGUUCACGGAUAACAAUGAUCCGAUCAGUGACGAUAUUGCAGAGUCGAUUAGAAACAAUGUGUGGGCACAUCCACUACAGUACUAUUUGAUGCCGGCCGUCGAGAUCGAACCGGAAGCCGAAGAGGAUGGCAGCGAGGAACAGUUUGACGAUGAAGCCGGCGAAGAGGAAGAGGAAGACGAACUCGACGAGGAGGAAGAGGAAGCCUAA